CCAACCGUAGCAUCGUAGCAUCGCUGGCAUGAUCCCUUGCGGCGUAUGCAUCACGCCAUCAUCCCGCGACAGCUCAUUUUGACGGGUCCGGGCGCCUUUCUGCAUGAUCUACCACUGGAGAUUCGACAUAAUGUAGAAGAAAUCAUUGCGGCAAACCCUGGCCUCAAUGUUCAGUGGUUUAGUGACGCAGAUUGCUACUCCUACAUUUCCUACUACUACGAUUCUGAGCUCGCUGGGAUGUUUAGGCGAGAGUUCCAUGGCAGUUUUCGUGGAGACAUAUGCAGAGCAGCUGUUCUAUACAGGGAAGGUGGUUUCUACGUUGACUUGGACGUAGAAUUGCUGGUGCCUCUCACAACAAUGAUAGGAGUUUCAACCACGUUUCUCUCAGCGUUCACUGCUGAUGGUGCAAUGCUAAAUGCCAUCAUGGCAUGCACUCCAUACAGCGAAGUCCUCCAUGAAACUCUCGUAGAACUCCGGAAGUGGUACAGGGGAGCUGUUCCACGGAGAGCAGAUCCAAGGGUCGAUGGAGCUGCAAAAAGCGAAUGGAUGGGACCAUUGACGCUUCAUCGGGCUGUGAUGAGUGUGAUCCAAUCAUCAUGCCCUGAAAACACUCAUUUUGUCCCAGGCUCUCAACUGGACUGGACAUGUGGUUCAGAGGUUCUCCGCUUCUAUUUGGAGCAGGAACUUCACUGCAGCGUGCUGGAAAGCACAGCAGAGUGUUCAGUACAAAGAGCCAGGUCCCCCUUCGUUGGCUUGAGGUAUGGAAUAUUCACUCCAAGCUCAAGGAUUGAAGCCAAAGAGCGUCAGCUGAUUGGCUGGCCGCGCUUUGAGGGUUGCAGGAGAUGGGGGUGCGGAGAUCCUAGCUAUGGCUUAUCUGAGGAGGCCCUCCAAGUGAGUUGGAUGCUGCGUGAAAGGUUCUUGCCGUGCAUGUGUGGUGCACACUUCGAGUCUGGACAACAGCUGGUAACAGACCUUCUGUUCUCCCUACCCAGUGCCGAGCAACUUGCACCUGCAUGUGAACGCUUCAGACCUUUCGUCGAAACUGGCGAUUUGGAAUGUGCGGCAGCUGUGGUCUCAAGUAGCUUACUCUGUGCAAGUGCUGCAGCCGGUUCGGAGCCUUUGUUGGCGCGUGCAUAUUUGGCACGGGCACUCCAAGCGAUCCUUGCCGGUUCAAUGCUUCUGUGCUACGAGGGAAUGUGGAUGGUGCAAGUGGAGGAGAUUCUGGAUCAGUUCUAUCGAUUGCAUACUCCCGAGUUUGCUUAUGCUAGACUGAACUGGACUCGCCACAACUAUUCAAGGGAGGCAGUGACUCCAAGCGGCACGGAGCUUUCCCAUAAAAUCACACGCAUUCAAGCAGCCUUGGCACUUUCAGUCUUGAAGCCAACGUCACAACCAGUGAAAGCUGUUCGUCCAGCCACCGAGAAAGGUGCAAAGUACAGUGUGCUGGCAAACUUAGCUUGACAUCAUACGACAUCGACCUAUCUCUUGCUGACUUCGAAAGGGUUUGGACCGCACCGGAUGGACCCGGUAUCUCGUUCAGGAAGUUCGAGGAACGGGCAAUUUCCUGUGGUCCGGCUUCGGCUUGUGCAGUCCUAAGCACCAGCUGAAAUUGCUGACACCUUGACACCGAAAAAGA